CGAAGAAUAAACCCUAGUGGGCCAUACCACGGGGAAAAAAUGGGCAUGGGACACCAACCGUUGAAACCUUCUUGGAGCCCACCUCAUUUUUGGAUCAGGCUUAUAUUUGGAUUUUACGUUAAUCCUGGUGGGACUCACGUUAUGAACGGGUUGGAUGGAAUGUAAGCAUCACGGUGGGCCCCACGAAGGUUUCAAUGGUGGGUAUAGCCUCCCCACUGUUCCAUGUGCUGUGGUCCACUUCAGUUUUGAAUGGGCCUGAUUUUCGGAUUAACAUUCUAACAUAGGCUGUCGGAAAUGAUGGACGGAUUGGAUGUUACACACACGCAUUAUGCCGGGCCCCACAUGGUUUUUUAUUGCAUGGGAUGAGAGCUUCCGAACAGUUAGGAUACUCCAACUAGCGCAAUGAGUGUGAACGGUUUGGAUCAUAGUACUACACGACCUUGUGAUCCUCAAAACAUCUCGUCCGUCCACACAUGAGUGUGAACCAAAUGACGAAACUACCCUGCCUCAUCUCAUAAACUCCUCCCCAAACCCUUGAAUUACUUCUACAAAAUGACCAAAACACCCUUACCAUUCCUCCUCUGCUCUCAUCUCCUCCCUUAUAAUUCUCUCCUCCUCACUCCUUCCCCAAAGUCCAUCAAAUCGUCCGCCGUCCGAUUCCUCUGCAGACCCUCGUCUCUCCCGACCAUGGCAGAGAAAACCCAAUUCGAUUCUACCGAAAUUGGCCCUCCAAACGCCUCCAAAACCCAAAAUUUCCCCACCCCAUUGUCCCCACCUCUGCCGCCGAUAUCGAAACAGAUAGAACUGCAGAGAGCCAUGACAGCAUCUUCAAAAUCCAGCCUUUUCUCUCUCUCCAGAAGCGGAAUCGUCUUCGAGGACGAGUCGCUGAUUGUCGUUAACAAGCCUUCAGGAAUUUACUGCGAGAGCGUCUUGUCUUCGGCACGCCAUUUUCUCAAUGAAUCUUCUUUGGGAUCGACUGAUGUCGGAAUAGAAAUCACUCCACUAGAGCUUCAUCUUGCAAACAGGCUUGAUCGUGACACAAGCGGCCUAAUGAUUAUAACCAAAUCACAUAAAGUGGCAGCCAAACUAGUUAAGGCGUUCACAGAUCACAGAGUGAAGAAAACAUACCUUGCUCUGUGCGUUGGGCCCACUCCCAAAUGGGACAAGAUCAACAUAAAAUCAGGCCAUGGGAGAUCGAAAUUUGGUGUAUGGCGUGUGUACGCAUCGUCAGACAUUGGCCGAUCACUUCCAGGUGGCUCAGUAGUCAGAGACAUGGCAACUUCCUUUGAAAUCAUAUCAGUAAAUAGGCAAGGAAGCUUCAAAGAGCCGACCAAGUUCUCAACAGAUGAAAAUCCUGGAAUGGAAUCAGUGGUUGUUGAAGAUCAAGGGACGACAAGGAUCGAAGUGGGUGAUGAAAACAGUGGUGAGAUUUUGAUUAGAGCCUAUCCCAAGAGUGGACGAACACAUCAGAUUCGCUUGCACUGUCAAUAUCUUGGAAUACCCAUAAGGGGUGAUGUGAAGUAUGAAGGUGUUUAUGAAUGGAGGGGGAAUGCAUAUGAAACUCAUGCCCUCCAUGCCGAGAGCUUGGAAUUCUAUCACCCCGUUACCGGCAUUCCCAUUGAAUUCCGUGCACCUCUCCCCAUAUGGGCAAGCGAGGCAUGCCAAGAGAUGGUACAAGGCACAUGACAUGUUACUCAUGUUGGAGAUUUCGACCUUGUUGGGCACAAGGCAUCCAAUGGUUUCGUUCAUUUCCUUCUUUGACUAAAGAGCUGGAUUCUGCACCUGGAGGCAUCACUGCCUGACUGCUGCAUCUUUGAGCAUUGAUUGGUGAGAGAAAUUAGUUCUGAGACUUUUAUUCAGUACAUAUAGACCAUGGUUCAGUGAUUUGGACUGUUGAGCUGAUGAGCUCUGCCGUGGACCACCUAUUUUUGGCCUCCUAUGAAUUGGGUUAUAGGCAGUUCUAAAAGAAAUACAGCAAUGCUCCAUGUUUGAAGGAUGGAAGGCGAAAGAUGGAAGCCUGGGAUCUCCAAAUAUGGGAGAUGGGGCAUCUCCUAUCCGUGGGCCCAUGUUCCAAAAUUAGAGUUGACCUAUAUUUCAUCUUGCUAAUUGAAAUUUGCUUGGUAGAACAUUCAAAGGGCUUAUUUAUGAGCACUUCAGAGAAUCGUCGAGAGCUUCGUGCUGCCAUGCAUGGAUUGCCAGUA